AGAUGACCAUUCGAUACCCUAACGUAAUCAGUUUAUGUGGAUUUACGAUCUUCCUUUUAAAGAGAGACAAAUAGCAUAUGUUAAAAGGAAUAGAAACUUUGGUUUGAAACGAAAGGUGGAACAGGUAACCUUCAGCGUGUGUCGACUCGUGUGUCCCGGGCUCUGAGAGCUUCCGUCAGAUGGAGGAGGAGGGCCAGCAUCCACUGCCAGAGGGUGCCAAGCUGGUGCAGGUGCCAGAGGGUCUUCUCACGAGGAAUGAACAUUAUGACUCGUGUAUGUGACCCGGAAUCCCAGAGACACAGCCAUCUCCUUUUACCACUUUACGAAACUCUUGAAGUCGUCGGUUUUCCAAGGAUCGUUGGCUCAGUAUCUCCAGUUCUUCCUCGAGGACAAAGCGAUGUACAGCCCCUUCAUGCCCCACGUCCUGGGCUUCUGGGAGGCGCGUCGGGACCCCAACCUCCUCUUCGUCACCUACGAGGAGCUGCACCAGGACGCGCUCAAGGCCAUUCGCAGGAUCGCCCACUUCCUCCAGGUGGAGGCGAGCGAGGAGCAGCUGGAGUACGUGGCCGCCUGCACCUCCUUCGCCUCCAUGGCCUCCAACCGAGCGUCAACUACGAGCACUGGAAGGACUCGGGAUUCUGCCACAAGGACAAGGGGAGCUUCCUCAGGAAAGGAAAGGUCGGCGGAUGGAGGGGAGCGUGGCCGAAGAUCAGAACUCAGCGGUGGGAAGACUGGUGCACUUUGCAAGAUGAAAUUGAGGAGAAAGUAUGGCUUUCGGACAGGGACACGAUAGACCGAGCCAGCAGACUUUCGGCAGAUAAUCAUUUGUGCCGUACAUCGCUCCGGAACGGAGAACUCAAAGUCACAGAAUACUUCUUUGAUAACGAUGUCCCCGACCCUCAGUAUGGGUGCAAUGAUUUUUAUGAUUCUCAGGAUGGGUUGCUGAAGAACGACUUUCAUGCUGAAGUCCUGUUAGUCGCAGAUGUAGUAUAG